AUGAUUCUACGAUGUAUGAAGCAGUUGUGCAUAGAAUUUGUACGGCCCAAGUCUUCGAAACAGAAAUUACAUGAUUAUGUUUUCCCAGUCAUUCAGUCAAAAGACUGCGUCCAGAAAGUGGCUUCCGGUUGGGGUCCUGGUGGACAAAAUGUGAAUAUGACACGAAAUGCAGUGUUAAUCAAACACAUACCCACGGGUGUUGUGGUCCGAGUUCAUCAGUCAAGGCUGCUUCACGAAAAUAUUAAAAUUGCUCAGGAAAGGCUCAAACAUGCAGUGGAUCGCUAUUUGAACCAUGAAAAUUCAUACGACGCUCAAUUUAGACGUUUGGAACGAGAACGAAUUGCAAAAAAUAAAAGAAAAAGAGCAUUAACACGUGAUUAUAAAAAAAUGCUACAAUGUACAAAUUUUAAUUGCCAAAAGGAGGACUGCACUAGUUCUCAAAGUUCGUUUAAGUAG